AUGUAUAAGAACUCCACCGGCGUCGCUUCCGCCCCGCUGGAAGAAGAAGGAAAUAUUCCUCCUCUAGUAGCGGCCCAUGUGCCCUCCUACGGAACAGGCGACGAAUCAGAACCAGAUCCUGUUCGAGUGAUGAUCGACGAAGACGUUGCCUCGGAAGAAGUACCUCUCGUUGUCACUCAUGACGAUGAUAAAGAUGCGAUUCCCCAGUUCCGGGAUGUACCGUUCGCCGUCCUGUUUCUCAUUCACGCCACAUUGAUGGUAUGGCUGGGAAUCUUUGUUGCACCCAAAGGAUACUCCAAAAUCAAUAUUGAUUUUGACAUGAUCGAAAAGGAAAUGCGCAAAGGAGACGAUAUGAGUGAGCAAGAUAUUGCGGAUUUUGAGAGGUUUGUUGCGUUUGUGGGCAAGUACGCACAAGUCUACCCGAAACGCAUUCUCCUAUCCUUUGUUUUUCCGACAGCCCUCUUGGCAUUUGUGAUUGCUCUUUUCACAACCAUCUACGUGGUUAAACCUUGUCCCAAAACGCUAACCUACGCAAGUUUGGUUGGAUCCUUUGCCUUUACGGCCAUUGUCAUGAUUUCAUCGUCCGUUCUGAAUAAUAGCCUGUUUGGUGCUGUGAUGACCAUUGUCGCUCUCGGUGCGGUUGCAUACUACGUAUGUGCUGCCUGGCGUAUGGUUCCGUUCGCGGCGGUCAAUCUGAAAGUGGCUUUGAUAGGCAUGAGCCGCAACUGCGGAGUGUAUCUCGUUGCCUUCUUCGCAUCGGAGCUCGGAUUUCUGUGGCCCAUCUACUGGGUCUACGUACUGAUUGGCGUAUCGGUCGACCGCAAUGAUAAGUGUGAAAAGGCACACCCGGGGGCAAAUUUUGAUAUGAGCUCGAAUGAUUUUGACGAUGUGUGCCAUCCUCCACCGUUGGUGUUUCUCCUGUUCUUGCUUUCGCUCUAUUGGACAAGCACCGUCCUUUUGAACACGGUACAAGUAUCGGUUGCAGGUGUUAUGGCAACAUGGUGCUUCGACAAGCGCGACGCUGAUCAUUGUUGUUCCCCAGCAGUAUUUGGUUCAGUGUACCGUAGCAUGACCUAUUCCUUUGGUUCAAUAUGUCUUGGGUCUUUGCUACAAGCUCUCAUUUCUGUAUUUCGGUACAUAGUGGAAAGUGCCCGAAGCCAGAGGGAGCGAAAUGACGGUGGGGGUGCUUGUGGCAACAUUCUGCUCUGCAUUCUGGAAUGCUUCGCCAAGCUACUCGAAGAUGUCAUCGAUUACUUCAAUCAAUGGGCGUAUGUAUUUGUUGGAAUCUAUGGCUAUUCGUAUCUCGAAAGUGGCCGACGAGUGAUUGAGCUGUUUCGAGCACGAGGCUGGACGGCGAUAAUCAACGACAAUUUGGUGGGAUAUGUAUUGGGCUUCACAACCGUUCUGAUCGGUGUUCUGACCGGUGCCACCGCUUUGCUGCUCGAAUUUACUGUUUCUCGGAGCAAGCUUGAAGCGAAUUCUGAGUACGAGUCUUACAUUUUCGGUCCUAUUCCAGGGUGGAGGUGGUGGGCUUUCGGCAUUGGAUUUUUUGUGGGAAUAUGGGUUUCAAGCGUUGUGAUGAAUGUUGUCAAGGCAGCAGUGAACACUUUGGUUGUGUGCUGGGCUGACUCACCGGCAGUAGUGGAAAUGAACCACCCUCGAUUGACAUCAGAGAUGGCAGAUUCGUGGUUGCAACUACGGUAUCGCAAGGUCUGGCAACUGAAAGAUGAGAAAUCUUCCAUCUGCUACGAUGCGGAUUUGGAUGAUCCUGUCUCCAAUCGACAUCGCCUUGUGAUCAAGACUACGGAAAGCAGCAAAGCUACGACUUUGUUCUCUACUUUUCACGCUACUCUACACAGAAUGGCUAACGCCUGUAUAUCUGGUCGGAACACGAGGAGGUAUCAGAUCUCGUGCCGGCGAUUCAUUCAAUUGUUAUUUUUGUUGGCGGCGGCUGUUUCCGCAAUUUCGGGACAUCGGCAAACCUUCGUCCGCGUUCACAACCAACCGCAGAUAUCAUCAGCAUUAUCAUGGAAUAUAGAAGCAGGAUCAUACGACGAAAAAAUCGCCCUUAGAAUAGCUUCCUUUCCGAGAGGCGGCUCAGAUACUGAUGUCGAAGGAGGCGAAAGCGAUGAGUACGACGAGGAUAGAGAAGUAGAAGAAGACGAGUACGACGAUGAAAGUGACGAAGGGGAUGAUGACGAAAAAGUUGUACCAAUUGAAAUAAGCAUUGAAAAAUACGAUGAGCCACUGGUCGCAUCGCCAAUGAUAAAUCUAUACGCCUCGUUCGGUGUGAUGAUGCUAGCACGAAGAAUCGACCUUUUCAACCCAAUCGUCGUUCGUGUCGCACGGCAAAAUCUGCCGAUGAUAGGACUCCAAUCACUCUAA